CGCCGUAGAAACAGGAAGUGGGACCAAAACAAAGGAGCGGCGGCCGGGAGCGGACCUGUCUCUCGUUUCCCUUCCGCGCACGUUUGGACCCUGGCCGCCCACCCCACGGAGCCAUCCGACUAUGUCCAACAUGGAGAAACACCUGUUCAACCUAAAGUUCGCGGCCAAAGAACUGGGCAGGAGUGCCAAAAAAUGCGAUAAGGAAGAAAAGGCUGAAAAGGCCAAAAUUAAAAAGGCCAUCCAGAAGGGCAACAUGGAAGUUGCGAGAAUACACGCCGAAAAUGCCAUCCGCCAGAAGAACCAGGCAGUGAAUUUCUUGAGAAUGAGUGCGCGGGUCGAUGCAGUGGCCGCCAGAGUCCAGACGGCGGUGACGAUGGGCAAGGUGACCAAGUCGAUGGCUGGUGUGGUUAAGUCGAUGGAUGCGACAUUGAAGACCAUGAAUCUGGAGAAGAUUUCUGCCUUGAUGGACAAAUUCGAGCACCAGUUUGAGACGCUGGAUGUCCAGACGCAGCAAAUGGAAGACACGAUGAGCAGCACGACGACGCUGACCACUCCCCAGAACCAAGUGGAUAUGCUGCUCCAGGAAAUGGCAGACGAGGCGGGCCUCGACCUCAACAUGGAGCUGCCGCAGGGGCAGACCGGCUCCGUGGGCACGAGCGUGGCUUCGGCUGAACAGGAUGAGCUGUCCCAGAGACUGGCCCGCCUCCGGGAUCAAGUGUGAUGGCAGAACCUACUCUGAGGUUUCCCAGCCGUAUCCACCUUUUGAAGUGCUCUCUGUGUAUUAGAGAGCUGCUGUACCCUCUAGAAACUCUGAACAUGCUACAACGCUGAAAUGCCCUUUGGGUUUAUAGCCCUCUCCAGAUACAUUAAGAAAUCCCAGUCUUUCUCCACUCUUAACUGGAUUUCAAAGUUCUGUAUAGCUUGUGAUGAUGUGUAUUUUUAUAGCUGCCUUUUAACAGAACUAGUUAAUUUGCUGUAAUGAAUCUUUCUCAAAAAUUUGGUCAAGAUUCUAGUUCCCGUGUAUUCAGUUUUCUGCCCAAAAUUAUCAAAUUGAAGGUGGUGGGUUUUUUUAGUUUAGUGUGAUUGAUAAUAUUUAGAAUGACAAGUGGUGCAUAAAAGUUAAAGAGGGGAAUAAUUACUUAGUUUGGUUACACAAAUAUAAACACCUCGUUCAACUUAUUCAGUGGACAGUGCUAUUUUUUUAUAUCCUUUGGGGUUUUUUGUUUUUCGCCAUCAAACUCAGACUUCAUUUGACUAUUGUCAUAGCUUAUACAAAAUCUGGUCUCAUAACUUAUACUAAAAUUGUUUUAGUACAUUUUUGCACAGUGCUCUUUCUGCUUUCCUUCUAUAAAUUUUUCAUGUGCUAAUUGUCUUCGUGUAACUGGGAAAAAAUGCCACUAACUUCAUUUAUUAUCAGAAAAAAUUAAAUUUGCCCAUUUAUAUUUUCCACGUACUAAAAUGAGUUUUUGAAAAGAUUUAAGAAGGUAUUACAUUUGACAAUGUCUUUCAGACGAACUUCUCUAACAUAUUUCUAAUUAUUUUCCUAUUUCAACACUUUAAUUAGACUUCUUAUAAAGUCUUUUAAUUAGCACAGCAGUCAUGUUAUUCUAACAUUGCCAAAGAACUGUUGAUUAGUUCGAGAAAACCCCUGGGACUGUGUUGGUUUGUUUUGAUUUUUAACAACCAAAGCUAGAAAUAAAAUUAGAACUGCAUUUUAAGUUCUAAUUAUUUGCAUUUAUUAAUUUGUCUAAAAGCAACAUCUCUUGAAAAGCCUUGAAAAUAUAAUUUGGAAUGUUUUACUUAGCCAUGCAAAUAACUUAAAGCCAUGCAUCCAGCCAGCUGGAAAUCUGGGAAGAAGGGAAAAAGUAGGAUUGGAAGGAAAGAGACAGGCUUCACUCUAUAGGCAGUAGCCCAGCUGUACCCUGACGGUCUUCCCAGGAAUGGCAGUGUGUGUUCCCUGGCUGAAAAGUAAAGCAUGUAGCCACCGUUUUCUCACAGCCUCAAAACAUGGAAAACAGCAGCUUGCUUUUGCCUUGGCAAGCAUCUUAACCUAAGUUAAAUAAGGUUUUUUUUAAUUCCCCCUUUCCUUCACUGGAAGAUUUCUCCAUAAAAGAAUUCCGGUGUUUCAGAAAUAACUACAGGGACUUCUAAGUUCUUAGAAAGAUUCAUAGCCAAAUAUUUGCCAUUAUAAUGUUUUCCAGUGUGAAUGAAUGUUUAAUGAAAAAAAAACAGGUGUAUGCAGAUGAGGACUUACCCUCAUAUUUAAGGGUUUUUUUGAACUAUUUAGAUGUUCAGAAGUCUGCUUGAAGGGACACUGAUUGGUUGUCUGCCCAGCAUCCUCUCAAGAACACCCUUUCAGAAGGCCGCGUCUCCUCUCAUCCGCAUGGUUGCACAGAGGCAGCCAUGUGUGAGUAUAGCGUGAGUCUAACCCCUCUUUAGACUCGAAAAAAUAAUUACAACUUAAAAAAUAGCUUAAUGUUGAAUCCUUUGGUAAAUUGAGAACCUUUUUAUAGUGCAAAUAUCCCCAACAAAAUUAAUAUAUUUUGUGAAAUUAAACAAUGCUCAUAUAUGCUUGAACUUUCUUAAAAUACAUUCAUUUCAUAUAGUAUGAAUGUACAUUUUUAUGAGUUAUAACUUUUAUUUUCAAAAGCACUAAAGGCCCAUGAAUUAUUUCCUCACUUUUGCAUUUGAUGAAAUGCUGAAAUGUAAAUCACAGAAAUUUGUCAAAUAAAUCACUUUAAACUGCA